AUCCUCGAAAAUAUUGUGUUGGUGAAAACGAGGGGGUUCACACUGAGCUCAGCAACCAGGAGGGGAACUUCGCCCUAGACGAAGAGGAACCAGAACCUCGACAGAUAAAACAGGAGCAAGGGAGACCAGAACCUCUGCAAAUAAAACAGGAGGAAGAGGAACAAGAACAUCAACAGUUUAAAGAGGAAGAGUGGCAACUCUGCCUCAGUCAGAUUGAAAAGCAACUUGUGCUGAAACAGGAGACUGGUGACAUUUUGAUAAUUCCUACUAAUGUCCAAAGUCUCCACAAUGAAAUAGAACAAAACAGGAACCAACUCAUCUCUCAGGCCUCCCCCAACGUGGAGAACUGGGAUCAGGAAAGAAACAAUGAUGAGAAACCUUUCACAUGUCCAACCUGGGGAAAGGGUUACUGUCAUAGAAAUAGUUUAACAUAUCACAUGAGAGCUCACAUAGGUGACAAGGCUUUCACAUGUGUGAUCUGUGGAAAAAGUUUUAGUCGAAAGAGCAAUUUAAAAGUUCACAUGGGAACUCACACAGGUGAGAAGCCAUUCACAUGCACAACCUGUGGAAAAGGUUUUCGUCUAAGAAGAUACUUAGAGAUUCACAUGAGAACUCACACAGGUGAGAAGCCUUUCACAUGUACAACCUGUGGAAAGAGUUAUAGUGCUGAAAGCAGUUUUGCUUAUCACAUGAGAACUCACACAGCUGAGAAGCCUUUCACAUGUGUGAACUGUGGAAAAAGUUUUAUUCGAAGGAGCAAUUUAGAAGAUCACAUGAGAACUCACACGGGUGAAAAGCCUUUCACAUGUACAACCUGUGGUAAGAGUUACACUGCUGAAAGUAGUUUAAAUUAUCACAUGGGAACUCACACAGCUGACAAGACCUUUACAUGUAAAACCUGUGGAAAGAGUUACAGUGCUAAAAGUAGUUUUGCUUAUCACAUGGGAACUCACACACGGGAGAAGCCUUUCACAUGUGUGAAAUGUGGAAAAACUUUUAUCCGAAAGAGCAAUUUAAAAGUUCACAUGGGAACUCACACAGGUGAGAAGCCGUUUGUAUGUGUGAACUGUGGAAAGAGGUACAGGGAUAGAGGCAGUUUAACUUGUCAUAUGAGAACUCACACAGGUGAGAAGCCUUUCCCCUGCGUGAUCUGUGGAAAAAGUUUUACAAAAAAAGAUACUUUGGCACGUCACAUGAGAACUCACACAGGUGAGAAGCCUUUCACAUGUGUGACCUGCGGAAAGAGUUUCAGUGACAGAGGAGGUUUAAUUUGUCACAUGAGAGCUCACUCAGGUGAGAAGCCUUUCACAUGCUUGACCUGCGGGAAAAGUUUUACAAAAAAGGAUGCUCUGGCACGUCACAUGAGAACAUACACAGGUGAGAAGCCUUUCACCUGUAUGACAUGUGGAAAAAGUUUUGGUCAAAAACAAAUUUUACAGAUUCACAUGAGAGCUCACACAGGUGAGAAGCCUUUCACAUGUGCGAACUGCGGAAAGAGUUACAGGGAUAGAGGUAGUUUAACUUGUCACAUGAGAGUUCACACAGGUGAGAAGCCUUUCAAAUGUGUGAACUGUGGAAAAAGUUUUACAAAAAAAGUUUUUUUGUCACGUCACAUGAGAUGUCACACAGGUGAGAAGCCUUUCACCUGUGUGACCUGUGGAAAGAGUUACAGUGACAGAGGCAGUUUAACUUGUCACAUGAGAACGCACUCUGGUGAGAAGCCUUUUACAUGUUUGACCUGUGGGAAACGUUUUAUAAAAAAAGGUAAUUUGGUAUAUCACAUGAGAACUCACACAGGUGAGAAGCCUUUCACAUGUUUGACCUGUGGAAAAAGUUUUACAAAUAAAGGUAAUUUGGCACAUCACAGGGGAACUCACACAGGUGAGAAGCCGUUCACAUGUGUGAACUGUGGAAAGAGUUACAGGGAUAGAAGUGGUUUAACUUAUCACAUGAGAACUCACACAGGUGAGAAGCCUUUCACAUGUUUGACCUGUGGAAAAAGUUUUACAAAUAAAGGUAAUUUAGCACAUCACAUGGGAACUCACACGGGUAAAAAGCCUGUGUUAUGUGUGACCUGUGGAAAGAGUCACAGUGAUAAAUGUAGUUUAACUGUUCACCUGAGAAGUCACAGAGGUAAAAAAGCUAUUGUCCUGGAUGUUUUGUGACAAAAUUAGGCAAAAAUAAUAUAAUUUUAAAAAUUGUUAAUAUUUUAUUUUUGAGUGUGAUAUGUUUAUCUGAACAAAAAGGGGUUAAAUGCUUUCAUACUUAGAGGUUGGUGAUCACCACACAACCUGGCCUCUUGCCCAUUGACAGCUGGAGAUAGGCACCAGCACCCCUCGUGACUCCAAUAGGGAUAAGCGUGUUGGAAAAUGGAUGAUCACCACACAUCAAUAAACUGUAUUUGAAUUUAAGUGUGUUCCCGAUGACUUGCCGGCUUGGUCCAAGUUCCUUGAUCCCCCUUUUUUCCUUUAACAAAAGCAUUGUGAAAUGGUUUUGUCAAUAAAAUGAAUAAAUGUGUUGUGCUAUUA